AUGCAACGCUCUAAACAUAACGCUCAUACCCCAACUCGCACUCCAUCUGACAAUGUCAGUCAACGCGUCAAUUCUAAUAACCCAAGUAAUAAUACUAACUCCGUUACAAACGCUAAUAGUAAUGGUUCUGUUGUAGAUAACAGAGAUUCUCAGCAACAAAAAGGUCUGGAAUGGAUGCUUGGUCUUUCUAUCCGAGUGAAAACUUCGACUGAUGACGAGUAUGAAGGUACCAAUUCUGGUGGAUCUCAGAAAUACGAUUUUCGAAUUUUAAAAAUUAACUUUCUUAAAGAUGUGACCCAACUCCAUAAUCGUAAAUCUUCUGUUGAUAUCAAUGCGAACAUUAAUUCUUCUACUACAAAUUCUUCCCAACAAACAAAUGUGGGUUAUGUACAAAUGGAUAGGAUUCAGGCCAAGGAAUUACAAUCAAUUAAGGAUACACAAGUUGCGUUGGCAAAAAUUGGUGUGGGUGUGACACAAGAAGCUCAGGAUAUUUUUGAUGCAAUGAGCAAGACAUUACCAUGUAGGUGGCAUAAAGAAUCAAUUAUAGUUCUAGAUGAGGUGAUUAUCAAUCCACCAUAUGAUAUAGAAAAUUGUAAAGCAAAUUUAGGCUCGACAGAAUUAUUGGCAAGAGUUCGAAAAGUGAAGGAGAGAAAAGAAGAUUGGCAAGCGGGCGCAGAGAUGCAAAUGGCUGGCUUGGCUCGACUAACGGCUUAUGUUAACUAA